UUUCCGGAAGGAGACUGGCACUCGCUGUCGCCGCGGGCGGCCUCCCUCAAUGUGAGCAUCCUUCCGGAGGUCGAAAGACCUCGGUUUGGGGGUGGCUUCUGAGCUUGCCAGAGUUGGAGCAGAGGAAAGACCGGAUUGCUGCCCCUAGGCAACCGUGCGUAAAGUGGCAGACGCUCGGGCGACCCGCCGAAGGGGCGGACGCUAACACCCGUACUGACGGGGGCGAGUGCCGCUGGCUCCGCCGGGAGGCUCAUGCCAGCAGACAAACACGCUUGUGUCAGUGGCAGCAUGGUCUUCUGUUUGGAAAGCAAGAUGCCUCACCGCCUGCUUCGAAGCACCAUGGCCCACUUCCAAGCCUCGGAAGUCCAGCAGCUGCUACACAACAAGUUCGUGGUCAUUUUGGGGGACUCCAUCCAAAGAGCUGUGUAUAAGGACCUGGUGCUUCUGCUCCAGAAAGACACACUGCUCACAGCUUCCCAGUUAAAAGCCAAGGGGGAGCUGAGCUUUGAACAGGAUCAGCUGGUAGCUGGGGGCCAGCUGGGCGAACUGCACAACGGGACACAGUACCGAGAGGUCCGCCAGUUCUGCUCUGGUUCUGGCCACCACCUUGUGCGCUUCUACUUCCUCACCCGUGUUUACUCCGAGUACCUUGAGGACGUCUUGAAGGAGCUGUCAUAUGGACCUGCCCCUGACCUAGUGAUCAUCAACUCCUGCCUCUGGGAUCUCUCCAGAUAUGGCCGCUGCUCAAUGGAGAGCUACAGGGAGAACUUGGAACGAGUGUUUGUACGAAUGCACCAGGUUUUGCCAGACUCUUGUCUGCUGGUGUGGAAUAUGGCAAUGCCUUUAGGGGAACGUGUCACUGGGGGUUUCCUCCUGCCAGAGCUCCAGCCCCUGGCAGUCUCUCUGCGACAGGAUGUGGUUGAGGGGAACUUCUACAGUGCUACACUUGCUGGGAACCACUGUUUCGACGUCCUAGAUCUCCACUUUCAUUUCCGGCAUGCUGUACAUCACCGCCAUCGAGAUGGUGUCCAUUGGGACCAGCAUGCACACCGCCACCUCUCCUACUUACUUCUGACCCACGUGGCUGAUGCUUGGGGUGUGGAGCUACCCAAACAUGACCAUCUCCCAGACCCGUGGACUAAGGACUGGCCAGAGAUGGACCAUUCAUUCCAGGGAAGCCAUAAGCAGCCCACAGACUUCAGGGAGAAGCUGGCCCUGCCCCUGCUCCCACCUUUCCAUUUGCCUCCCCGCAUGUCUUUUCCUUACCCACUUCUUCAGCCCUCGCCACCUCCCUUGUUCCCACCCCUGCCCCAGGAUGUCCCCUUUUUCCAAGGCCAGCCCUUUCCACCCUAUGAAGUCUUCAAAUACAAGGCCAUGGAGGACUUCUUGGUGCCAGGAUGUGGCCCUGGAAUGACCUUUGUGCCUGGUCCCCUGCUACCAUCAGUCUCUGGCCCUGUCUCCCAUGGUCAACACCGGGGCCCAGUGGUCCACCGGGGCAAGCCACGUUGUGUUCAGAACGGCCCCUACCAUGUACCAAGGAUCGGGGGUCCAUAUAGGCAGCGACUCAGACACUCAGACAAACUGAUCCACACAUAUAAACAGGACAGACGGGGGCACGCCCAUUCGGGAACAUGGCCUGGGUAGGCAGGAUCUCAGGUUGGGGCUAGAGGUGCCAGUGGCCCUGGAGGGUCUGCCUCAUACCCUAGCUGUUGGGCUGGGUGUUCUUGUCCAUUGCUGAUGUCAAUAAAAGCAUGGAAGGACAGAGUGA